CCUGCUUGAUGUAAUCUCAUUCCAACGAUGUUGGAUGCACUGCCAGAUGCUAUGAACCCGUUUUAAGUCCUCUUUAUAUCAAGGCAACACCAGACUUCCGUGGAAUAGCUUUCUUCUGCCCCCUCAGUAAUGCCAAACUUCAUCAACGGUCCUGUCAUCUCUGCCAACUUUCCUGAUCCUGCUAUCCUUGUUACUAGUGGGGGUACUUAUGCAUUUGCAACUAACUCCGGCAACAUCAACAUUCAGGUUGCAACGUCAACUGAUGGUGGUGUAACUUGGGAACUGCAGUCUGGUGUUGAUGCACUCCCGAAUGUAGGGUCUUGGGCAACUGCAAACAGUACUUGGGCACCUGAUGUCAUUGACAGAGGGGAUGGCACUUUUGUGAUGUAUUAUGCCGCAUGGUCGACCUCACACAGUACUCAUUGCGUAGCAGCUGCUACUUCCGUCACCCCUGUCGGACCGUACACUCCUGAGUCGCACCCCAUUGCCUGUCAAACUCCAGGCGGUGGUGCCAUUGACCCCGCAGGGUUCCAGGAUACCAACGGUACACGCUACAUUGUGUACAAGGUGGAUGGGAGCAGUCUUGGAGGAGGUGGACCUUGCGGGAAUGCCGACGGAGAAUAUUCUACUCCCAUCAUGCUUCAGGAAAUGGAGGCUGAUGGUGUCACGCCUACUGGGGAACCGGUCCAGAUUUUGGAUCGAGGGCAAUUCGAUGGACCCCUCAUCGAAGCUCCAGCGCUUAUCUUGCAUAAUGGAACUUAUGUGCUUUUCUUCUCCUCGAAUUGCUACAACACCGAUCUUUAUGACAUCUCAUACGCAACUGCUCCAUCCAUUUCCGGCCCAUACACCAAGGCUUCAUCGCCGUUGCUUAUAACUGGUGACGAUGGCCUCACAGCACCUGGCGGUGCGACACCACGCCUUGAUGGUGAGUUUAUGGUGUUUCAUGCAACCGUAAACACAAAUCCGUUGACUCGUUAUAUGUAUACGGCGAUGGCGACGUGGAAUGGGACUAUUGUGAGCACAUGAUAAAAUCACAUCAUGUUUCUAACGAAAUGUGCACAUCAUGACUUUUACACACAAUUGACUAUCCUUAUGACUCGAACUGCUUCUUGAAAUGACUGGUUGUACCAGGCGCCUCAGAUAGAAAAAUCACUAACCUGGGCUGAGCAACUAUCAAUACAUUACAUACAAUAUGCACCGGUGUUAGCUUACUUAUGCC